AUGGAGGCCGAGCUCUUGAAUGGCGACUUCGACCGGGCCGGCAAAAUAGCGCGGCUAGCAGCCAUCAGAAAGCAAAUAUGGGACGCCCACCAAGAGGUUGAUGAGGCGCGGCAAGAAGCCAAGGCGUCGCAGCUGGAAUUGGAGGCUCUGUUCCGCCAUAAGCUCGAACUCGGAACCCGGCUGGCCCAUUUCGAGGAAGAAGCAAACAAGCUUUCUAAAGUAGACGGCGAGUACGAAUUUUUGGAGCUAGUAUCUCUGGAGGAAUUCGCCGCCAGCAACCCUGACGUCGAUCCCGAACAAAUGGACGGAAUCGAGCUGAUGCUGGCAAGGGUAGACGAUGAAGAAAAACGAAGACUAGAUCUGUUUGGCCAGAGAAUCGCGCUCAAGGAAAAAGUGGCCGAGCUAGAGUUGAUCAUCGAGUCCCAGGCCGAGGCACUAAGAUUCAAGGGCCAGUUCUGUCACUACGUAAAGCAACUCGAGGAGACGGCUCAGAGACUAGCUGAACACAUUAUUCAGUGA